UAUUCACUUGCAAUCAGAACGUUCAGCCGACAAGAAGCAAUUAAAAUCGGGUUCCCAGCUAAGUUAAGCCAAAGCGAAAAAAAAUAUUUGAAAUUCAACAGAUUUUUGAAGCCAAACUUAUUGAAGAGUGUCUCGAAAUAAAGUGUAAAACCAAACAUAUUUUUGAUUAUAAUUAACAGUGUUGAGUGCAGCUUGCAAAUAUUGCGUAACUCGAGCUCGAUGCUGGACUUGAGCGCCAAUUGAACUUGAAAAUCGAAAAAGUUUUUGUGUUUCAAAGAAAAAAAUUGAAACAAAAAAACUCUAAAAUUAAUCCAAACACUUACAACAUAUUUUAAUCUAUAUAAAAAUAAAUAAAUAAUAAUAAAAAUAAUUAUUUAACUGCAUUUCGCACACAAACGCACAGGCGAAACUCAACUCACGCUCACACCCGAUAAGCGCUACUCCGCUGACGCCAAUUUUUCGCGCCCACCAAAGGCUCCACGACAACACAACGGAAGUGGUCGCUCAUUAAGUGCGGCGUAACUAAAGAAACAGUAACAGAAAUUUGUGUUAUUUGCAUAAAACCAAGCGAAUUUCUUCGAACGUCUGUGUGCGAUUACCUAAUACAAGCCGAAAAAGAGCCGAAACACUCUUUGCAUUGAACUAAUUAAAGUAGAAAAACUAGUGACGAUUUUUAGUUGAAGUUCGAAUUUUAACAAAAAAAAAAAAAAAAACUAUUCGAAAUGCAGCCUCUAAAACGGUUCACACAAUGUGGCAGUCUAACCAUGCUCUUUGGCGUCUUCAUUAUACUCUUCGGUGUCAGUUCGACCGCUUUGACAACUUUUGGCAAGACGAAUAAUGACAAGCCAACGCCAACACCAAUCAUUAAGGGCAAGGAAUGUAACAACCAUGAUGACUGCAUAACGAUAGAUAAAACCAGCUGCGUCAAGGACCCCAACGACUACAAGCAUCGUUGCCUGUGCGGUGAUGAUUCGGCGCCGGUCAAUGGACAUUGCCAGGAUGUACUAAAAGGUCUACGUCACAAAUGCACCAGCAGCCAUGAAUGUGAGGACGGUUUGGUUUGUCAGUUCGAGAGUCUUAAUCGUACAAUUGGUGUAUCGAAAUUCAUUUCUAAGACUAAAUUAUGCCUCUGUGACAAUGAGAGUGGAUUCUUCGAAGAUGUUUUGCGUGACAUUUGCAGCGGCGCUUCGCUACAAACAAUUGCAAAUAUUUUGUGCUCGCUGGUCUCCACAGUGGCGCCGUUCAUUGUCUACGCACGCAUGAAGCCGCAUUUCUAAACGGUCAAUCAACAGCAGAUGCGCUAAACAAGUUUUAUGACAGUUUUUUCUAAAUUUAAUUUCUCUACCAAUUGUGAUGUGAAAUAUUUUGAAUAUUUUGUUGAAGCACAUAGACAUAUUUACUUAUGUUUUGAGGCAAAACUUGCAAUUACUUAAAAUCUACACAUUAGAAAGUAUAUGGUCAAUUAGCUUAGUCAAAUAUAGUAAGUGUGAUUGUUUGCAUAAAUAUAUGGCAGCACUGCACACUGAAGUGAGUUAUAUGCAUACAUGUGUAAUUAGUAAGCGUUACCAGAUGUUUUGAUUACUACAUUUUUUUGAUUAUUAUAGCAAAAUAUAUGAAGAACUUAUUCAAUUUAAAGAAACAAACCGCAACUCAAACCAACUGGCAUAUUUGUAUGUAAUUAUAAGUAUCACUGGUUUUAUAUAAAUAUCGAUUUUACUGUGUGUCACCAACUAUCGUGCCUCUUACAUGAAAUAUAGUUUAAGUUUAUUUACCUGUAUACACCUAAAAGCUCUACUAUAUACAUACAUACCUAACUACAGUUAUAUAUAAGUGUAAUAAAUAACGAAAUAUUGUAAAAUAUACUCGUAAAUGUCUAUCAUUGAUGUCUUAUAGUCAUAGUUCAUAGUUCAUAACAUUACUACCACCGCCAAGUUUAUCUGCCUUAACACUAAGGUUCCCUUAAAUUCAACUUUAUAUACAAAAUUAAAAGAAAUAAUACAGAAAAUAAAAAAAAUGAAAACUACGCAAUGCACACACUCGGAUUUUACAUUACUAUAUAGUACACUGAUCAUCUGACAUUGAUCUUACUCUCAAGUAAAACUAUUCUCUGCAGCACUCAACUCACCGGCAACAUAUCUGAGAACACUUAAGCACGUGCUAGUCGUAAUUCUACACCGUAGUUUGUUAAAAAGUAAUAAAAAAUUAAUAUAAAGGUUUACUUGCAUUAAAAAACGCGUUCGUUUUACACGAUUUCAGUGCUGGCGAGAACGUUAACUCGACUUUGGACAAUUUGGAGGACAUAAUCCAAGCCAAGCUAAGCGGCUAUGCCUUGCCAACUAAAUUAAUCAACUGUUUUGUUUUGCCAAUUGUACCUUAGAUAAUAGAAACAUUAUUCCUAGAACUAAGCGCAUUAUUAGACACCCUUUAAAAUAAGUAAUUAUAUACCAUAUUUAGGACAUAAGUAUAUAACCAGGCUUUGUAAAAAUGUGAUUAAAUUUAGAUACCAGAAAGUAAUAUAUUUAAUUGAAAUAUUAUUUUGCUUAUAAAAAAUACCAUCACCAAAGCACCAAAUUGUGCUUAUACAGAGUGUUAUUCCACUGAAAUGCCAUGCAUUUUAGUCUGCGCAUCGAACAACUUGAAUUCGGCAGCUACCAGUCGUUGUUGUUAGUCUUAGCCGAAUACAGUUUUAGCUAGUUCUAGCUACGUAGACUUUUCCGUUUAAUUUUUUAACACCAAUAUUAUUUCAAAGUGGUUGCUUACUGACGGGUUAGGUAAAGCUAAAUUAUGAGAAACAAGAACUGAUCUGUUCGGUUCUUUUAUAACACCUUUCAUAAGACUAACUAGUAACCUUUUGUCACAUUUACCUAAAAUUAUUCGAACUUUAUUGAAUAUUACACUGAAUUUCAAGAGCUAUAAACCUUUCAUUCGUUUCAAUCAAUAAUCAUCGAUCAAUCUAUAAAAUGUCAUAGAGUAGCCAGUUCCAGAUGUGGCUACCCUCAUCGUCCUUUUCAUAAGUGGCUUUGGAUCGGUGGUGAUUGCCCCUUAAGCUAUAAUACAGAUACAAACUUGAUGUAGUAAGAAUUUCAU